AUGAAUCGUGGUGAUACUGAAAAUAUAUUCAGAGAAAUGAAUAUGGAGUAUCCUACAACUCCAAAAGAUAGUGUAUAUAAAAGUACAUCAUCAACUCCAUAUAAUUUAGAUGAUGAAUCAAUAAAUUUAAAAUUAAAUAACAAUCAUACUAGAAAAAGUUCAUCAAAUGAUUAUUUAGAAUAUGAAGAAGAUAGAGAAGAUACAAUAUCACCAAUUAAGAAUAAAUAUACAUCUCCAAAAAAACCAAUAUCAUCACCUUCAAAGAAUUAUAAAUAUCAAGUACAAGAAUUGAGAUCAAGUCCAAUUAAGAAAAAUGUCAAGAUUGAUCAACCUCAAAUACCUAAAUUAGAUUCAAGAUAUGUUAAUUUAUCUUCAAAAUAUGAAUCAUUAAAAAAUAAAUAUGAUGCAUUGAAUGAUCAAAAUUUAAACCUAAUGGAGAAAAUCCAAGAAUUGGAAAAUAAUUUGAAACUGCAAAAACAAAAGCAUAUAAAAGAAGUUAGAGGAUUAAUUAAAAAGCAUGAAGAUGAAAAGAAAUUAAUCCAGGGUAAAUUAUUAAAGUAUUAUACGUUACAUGAAAGAUGUCAAACUGAACAUGGAAAGUUUAAAGAAAUACCAAAAGAGAAAGUUAAAGAUGGUAGUUUAUCUGAGGAGUUGGUAAAUUUAAUGAGACAAUAUAUAGACAGAAAGAAAGAGAAACAGGAACCAGUGAAGGAGGAAACUGUAGAUAAAGAAAUCAGUCAAGAUUAUGAUUUAAGUAAACAAGCUGAUAAAUUUAUCAAACUUUGUAUUCAAAAAUUAGAAGACAAUGUAAUACCAACUACUAAUAACUCACCAAUUAGAGAACAAUCUAUUCAAAGACCAUCAAGUGCACCACCACAAACAUCAAGCUCAGGCUCAUCUACAAUACCGCAAUUACAACCUAUCACUACAACUUCAGAAGAAUCAGAUAAUCCUUUCAUUACAAGACAACAACUUGAAGAGUUUAAACAAGAGUUGAAAGAAAUGAAACAAUCAAAGUCAAAGAAGGAAGACAAACUCAAGCAUGAAUAUGUAUCAAAGGAAGAUUUUGCAAAAUUGAAAGAAGAAUUAUUGAAUAAAGACCAACCAAUAGCACAAUCUACUACAACAUCAGAAGCAAUAAAAUCAAGUCCAAACACUUUUAAACAGCAGAGUCCAAAUGAAGAUAUUUGUAUAACUUGCAAAAUGAAAAUCAAACCAAAAAAAACAUCACCUAAGAAAUCAAUGGAUCCAUCUAUGUGUUUAAAUUGUUUAAUAACUAAAGAUUAUACUUUAUCAAGCAGUACUGGUGAAGUUUAA